AUGAUUCUCAACAAUACAUCUGGAAAGCACGAUUCCGAAGAAGACCAUGUGGAGGUCGCUUGCAACACAGGGGCGCCUGACGAAGAGAGCUUUGGCUUCCAUUUUGACGCCAAGUUUGAUAGGACUGCAGUCUUCCAACUGGAUCUUUUACUGCAGCCCAUCUUGUUCGGCACCUUCAUCCUUUUGCUCCUCGACCGAGCCAAUGUCGGAAAUGCCAGAGUCGCUGGUCUCCAAAAGGACCUUCGUCUAACCGAUCACCAGUAUCAGAUCUCGUUGAUGGUCACAUUUAUACCAUACAUCCUGAUCGAGCUCCCGAGCAACUACGUCUUGAAAAAGAUUGGACCUCGCUGGCUGCUACCAGGCCUCUGCGUGUGCUGGGGUAUCGUGACCACUCUCGAGAGCUUGAUCCAGAACUAUGCCGGAUUCGUUGCUUGCCGGUUUUUCAUCGGCCUGUGUGAAGGUGGUGUUUUCCCGGGCUAUGUUGUCGUUUUGGCUGAGUUCUACCGGCGACACGAGAUCCAGAAGAGGAUCGCAAUCCUCUACUGCGCAGCAUCGCUAGCUGGAGCCUUCGGAGGCCUAUUGGCCGCAGCGAUCGAGCAGAUGGACGGCCUUGCCAAUCUUGCCGGAUGGCGUUGGAUCUUCAUCAUAGAAGGCAUCUUUACCGUCUGCUGGGGACUCGUCACACUUUGGAUCAUGCCAAGUGGACCGAGGGAUGUGCUCACCUUCACGGCAGAGCAGAAGGAGUACUACGUCAGAAGGAUGGCUGCGGAUAAACAAACCACGGAAGACGAUAAGGUCACACCACGCGAUGUCCUCACAUGUGUGAAAGAACCUCACUUUAUUAUUAUUGCCAUCAUGUCAUUCUGCGUGGGUACAGUGGCUCAAGGCGUCUCGUACUUCACGCCAUCGGUGGUACAAACCUUUGGAUUUAGCAGGACGGCGACCCAGCUUCUGACGGUCCCACCUUUUAUGUUUGCUGUCAUCACUACCCUGCUCGCUGGUUGGGCGGCAGAUCGCUAUCAACGGCGUGGCUUGCUUGCCAUCGUUACCGCUGCGCUUGGAGCGCUUGGAUGUAUCCUGAAUUUCUCCGGCACUUCUCUGGGAAUCAGGUAUCCUUCCCUGUUCUUCUUGAUUGGAGGGAUCUAUGCGUGCGCUCCGACCGUCCUUGCCUGGCUUCCCAACAACAUGGCAGCCUACGGUAAACGAUCCACGGCCGUCGCAAUCGGAUUCAUGGUGAGCAACUCUGGUGGGAUCUUGGGUGUGUGGAUCUACCCGACCAAGGACGCUCCAAGAUACCUCCCUGCCAGCAGUGCCAAUAUCGCCCUGCUCGCCGCGGUGAUCCUUUUCUCUACGGUACAAGUGCUGCUCCUCCGGUAUCUUAACAAAAGAAAAAUCGAGAACCGAGAGGAAUUGCUUUGCGGUCUUGAACACCUGCCAUUGGACCAACAGAUCAAGGAAUUGGGGGACCGGCAUCCUGAUUUCAAAUACACAUUGUGA